UGACCUGGAGUCUGAUCCAGGCUGCUUUACGCGCAGACCGGACAGUCCGCGCACGGAUUUCCACAGCGAGACUUUACUCUGGAUGCGAAGCGCGGAGAGUUUAGGAGAAGCGGAGGACGUUUUUUUUUUCCCUUGUAAAGAAAAAAAAGAAAAGGGAGUAAAAGAAGAAGGAAAAGUGUGCGGGGAAAACUAGAAAAGAAGAGGAACAAGUGGUUUCCCUGCUGGAAACUAUCCGCUCAUCCCAGUUUCCACCUCCUCCAUGUCGCUCCCCGGCUCUCCUCCGCUCCUCUCUCCGGGCUCGGGGACCCAAACCCCCGUCGGGCUCUACCGCUCAGCCCCGGAGGGUCUGCUCACCUCCUCCGCCGUCUCCACCAGCACGUCCAGCCCGGCGCACGUCAACUCCAACUCCCACUCCCACUCGCUGUCCCCGUCCCCGCGGCUCACCAGCAGCAUGCUCAGCGCCUUCCUGCCGGGACCCGGCGGCGCCCUGGGCUCCCUCGGCGGGCUCGGCUCGCUCAGCGCCGCCGGCCUCACCCCGGGCUCCCCGGGCUUGGCGCAGACCUCCCCGGGACCGGGUCUGUGCAGCGAGUGCAAGCUGGUGGAGGUGCACGGCGUGAAGGUGGCCAGCUUCAACGUGGACGGCCAGGAGCUGAUCUGCCUGCCGCAGGUGUUCGACCUCUUCCUGAAGCACCUGGUGGGCGGGCUGCACACCGUCUACACCAAGCUGAAGAGGCUGGACAUCGCGCCCGUGGUGUGCACCGUGGAGCAGGUGCGCGUCCUGCGCGGGCUCGGCGCCAUUCAGCCCGGCGUCAACCGCUGCAAGCUCAUCUCCAGGAAGGACUUCGAGACGCUGUACCAGGACUGCACCAGCGCCAGCUCUCGUCCUGGCCGCCCCCCCAAACGGUGCUCCGGUGCAGGGAUGCAGGAAAGCCCCCGGCUGCUGCACCCGGGGCUCCCCGGCUUGCUGUCCCCCAACCUGCUGUCCCACACCGGCCUGACCGCGGCCGCCAUGGCCGAGCUCCAGAAGCUGCAGAAGAUGAAGAUGAUGAUGAGUCUCCAGAACGGCAACGAGUCCGACAACGACGACCUGCACUCCAACGCAGGAGGGAGUGAGUGUUCCUGGGAUAAGGAGCGUCUGACCAGCCCCCCCGCCGGAGCGCACAGCGGAGGAGGAGCAGGAGGUGGUGGCGCCCCGGCAGUGGGAGGAGGAGCCGGAGGAGGAGGAGGGGGCGCGGCGGGAGGUCCCGGCAGGGGGUCCACCUUAGGAGCCGUCAGUCAGCAGCAGCUCCAGCAGCAGCAGCAGCAGCAGCAGCUACUGGCCAACAGGUUGGAUCUGCCGUUCAUGAUGAUGCCCCACCCUCUGCUGCCCAUGGGGCUGCCGCCUGCGUCUGUGGCCAUGGCCAUGUCCCAGAUGAACCAUCUCAGCACCAUCGCCAACAUGGCCGCCGCCGCCCAGCAGAUACACACCCAUGUCCACCGAGCACCUGUCAUCAAGGAAAGGGUGUGCGACAGCCCCUCUCUGUCUCCAUCUGUGGAUGAAACCAACACUCCCCUGCAGUCGCAGCCCAGCAGCUCGGCCUCCAGCUCGCCUGAAAGACUCGGAUUGGUGUCGGGUGAUGCUGAUGUUGCACUGACCAACUCUGCUGCACCCAUCAAGAAAAUAACAAAGGACAAAGAGGAGUCUCCGCUGGGUCAGACUCUGCCGCCUGGAUUUCCUGCUCCGUUCCUGUUCGCCGACGGCCUGUCGUCAGUGGAGACCCUGCUCACCAACAUACAGGGCCUACUGAAGGUGGCUGUGGAGAACGCCCGGGUACAGGACAAACAGAUCCAGGCCGAGAAGAGGGAGCUGAAGAUGGAGCUGUACAGGGAACGAGAGAUGCGCGAGAGUCUGGAACGGCAACUCAACUCCGAGCUACAGAGCAGAGCUUCGAUCCAGAAACGACUGAAGAAGGAGAAGAAGGCGAAGAGAAAGCUACAGGAGGCGCUGGAGUUCGAGUCCAAGAGGAGGGAGAGAGUCGAGGACGCUCUCAAACACUCGUCCUCUUCCUCUCCGUCUCCCGAGCCGCUGCACGCCGCCAACAACAACUCCAACAACGACGCUGCUGUGGCCGAGGACAAACCUGAACUUAAUGGAAACCAGCAAGACAACGGCGCUGUACAAGAGUCGCGGCCAUUCCUGAAGACCCCCAUGAUGUUCUAGAACGACGAAGACUCCACCUCUAGAACCCGCUCCCCUAUCCUCCCCUUCCUGUACAAACUCCACCAGCCCGUUUCCACCAGAACUACACCAUCCGCUGGAGUACAUCCCAGCGACAGCAUCCCCCAAACGGGACUAUUUUUCACAUGACUACAAAACAAUGAGACUACUAAGAGACACACUGGACUUGUUUUUGGAGGUUCUCUUAACUCCUCUUUUUAGACAAACCUUACUCCGUUCAUUCCAGUUCUGCUGAAUUUAUUCCAAGACUUUUUUUUUUCUUCCUCCCAUUCGUUUGGAAAAGCGAUCGAUCCAUCGUCAUUCCUGAGAAAAUGACUCGAUGAGGAGGAAAAACGGACCCAUCGCAGCCUCUCCAUCCCGUGUUUGGAAAUAUGAGACGCGUCUUUGAUUGGACGAACUGACAGGUCCUGACUAGAUGGGUGUGGUUUUAAAAAAAGAAAGAGAGACUUAUUGGCUGAUUGUGGGACCGGCCAAUCAGAGGAGCUCAAAACUACAAAAUAAAAAAACAAACAAUUUAAGCAGAAAAAAAAUCUUGAGGGAAAAACACUGAAGACCUGAAUGGAAGCAACGUCGUUUGUUUUCCGUACUCGGACGAAACGAACUCGCUUGGCUAAUUUUACACUCUGAACUCUUCAUCCUCUAAUAAAACCAUUUCUGCUCCUUUUCUUUUCUUCUCACAUUAAACGACCCUUUCUACACAGUACGGCUUUUCUGCAUGCCUCCUCUCCUCACUUCUUUUCUCCUUCUAUUCUUGUAUCUGGUUUUUUUUUUUUUUUUUUUAAUCCCGUCAUUUUCUCAAUUCCUCCCCAAAGGAGGCAACGCUCUGAAAGUGUCGGGUGCAGUUUUCCGAUGUAUAAACUAUUUUCUAUUCCCCUUGAAAAUGUGGAAUCAGUUUCUGACGUGAUGCAAAGAUAAUUUUUACUACAACGGAGUGAUUUUUAAACUCGGUCUCCUCCUACAGAAACAGGAAAUUCUGCCCGUCGUCGUUGAGCCUUUUUCACAUUUCGCUCCUGAAAGCAGAAAAAAUGUCAGCAGUUUCUUGCAUGUGUCUGGAGAAAAACAAAAACAAAACUGGAGACUGCUUAAACUGCCCUGACGAUUUUGGAUACUGAGAAAAAAAAAUAAAACAUUUUCUGCAGGCGCUCAAAUCAAGCGCCCCUCAUCAAAAACUAGGACCCUUUUUAUUUGCUAGAGCUUCCGACCUACUCCAAGUGCAGACUGUUGUGUUAAAGCUUUGUUUAUUCCACUGUGUGUUUUGUUCAUUUGUUGAUUACCUUUUUCGAACUCAUAAGGGACGAACGAGGGACGGGAAUCAGUCAGGGUGGGCGGGACUUUGGGUUAAAGGGACAUUCUGUGUAGAUAGAAAUGACAUUAAGCAUUUUGUGUUUGUUUUAUUUUCUUCUCCUGAUGAUCUCUCGGUCUGUCACUGUUCUCUGGGUUUGAAAUGACUGCAAAUAUACAGUAUUAUCAUGAA